CCGGGUCGGUCUGCUCGACAUGAAGCAACACCAGAACCAGAACCGGGCCAUAAAUCAGCCUGUCGUUGAGGUCGAUGGGCUGGAGGAGGGGGGCGGAACCGCGGGUCACAUGACCACAGCCCACUUCCUGUUCAGGACAAUAAGAGACCAGAACCAGCAGACCCAGUCAGGACAGAACCAGAACCCGUCCAUCGACUCGGAGCAGCUGCUUUUGGAUCGGACCAGGAUGUGGACGUGUUUGAUCCUCCUGAGCCUGCUGGAUCAGAACCAGGCUGCUCCUCUUCCUGGGAAACAUGGAGACUGGUUCUGAUGGUUCUGCAGCAGCAAGCGGCCCAAACUGCGGUCACUGCAGCGCCGGACCCUCAGCAGAGGACGUCGUCCUCAUCUUCAUCCUCCUCAUCUUCAUCAUCAGAAUCCUCAAUGUCCAGCCAGAGGCCCAUGACAUUUCAACUGUUGAAGGAAAGAGAGCAGGAGGACAAGGCGGUGGAGCAGAUGGACUCUGAGGAGAGCUCUGAGCUGCUGCUGCCUCCCAGUAACACCAGCACCACCAGUCUGACAGAUGGAGGAAUAGAUCAGGUGAUGCUGCAGGCCUCGCUCCACCUCCAGAACAGCCAGGAAGUGGGCGGGGACUUGGGCGGCGUGGGCGGAGCUACGCCGCCAUCAGCAGGUGGAGACGCCAGCGAAGCUGAGGAAGAGGAGAGGAACGACCUUCAUCCUCUGACAGACGACAGCCUGGAGGGGGCAGAUGGGACGACCUUUCACCUUCCUGGUUUCCAUGGUGAUGAGGCGGAGCUAGAGCUGGCCCUGUAGCAGAGGCCACGCCCCCUGCUGGUCACCUUUAUAAUAACCAUGUAGUUGAUUGAAGUUCAUGUUAAACCAUCAAUAAUCAAUAAUCAGAUUAAUAAAGAUAUUUACAUCCA